AUGAAAGAAGAAUUUCCUUACGACAAUGUUAACAUGUUUGGCACGAAUCCCUUCGAUGUGUCACCCCUCUCGACGCUCGAGCAUUCAAACAAUGAACAUCUAUUAGGUUUACUUCAAGACGGUUUCCAACAUGAGGAUAUUUCACCAAAUUACAAUAACGAACUACAACAAUUUGACUCGACUAUUGCUACUGACUCCACCGCUAAUAAAAACCAACAACAAAACAAGAAUGAAUUGAAGCUUACAGACUCAUUAGAAGGUAGCACUACCCCUUUGGGACAACUUACUCAAGUAUCAAACAAUUAUCAAUUGAACAUGUCUGUUCCAAGACGUUCUGAGUCAAAUAUAGAAAGAAUGAUGAAUUCAAAAAAACAUUGUUUCGUCCCAUUUGUUGUAAAUACAGAAGGGGGCCGUUCUAAAAUACGUAGAACUAAAGAAGAGGAUAUUUGUGAUUCAACAUAUUCUGAAUUUGAAACUAACUUUAAGAGAAACUUUUCUGAGAGUGACGUAGAAGGUUUGAAAAGUAAGAAUGUUAAGAAAAUACCUACUCCGAAAAAGAAUAAAGCUAUAAACCAUGGAAAACUCAUGCAAAUGCAAAUGGUCGAGAGAAAUGGGAGUGUAAAAUUGGAAGUCACUGAUAGUUGUCUUACAGAACAAGAGCUACAAACAGAAGCGAUAGUUGAGGCUGAAGAUAGUGCGGACGAUAAAGAACCUUUAAGCGAAAGGGAAUCAGAGGACACUAAGACAACUGUGAAGAAAAAAUACAAGGGAAAGACAAGUCAUAAUAUUAUAGAAAAGAAGUAUAGGAAAAAUUUAAAUGAUAAAAUUCUUCAAUUACGAGAUAUUGUUCCAACUUUGAGAGUCACUCAUAAGAAAAAUUCUAAAAUUCCGUUAGAUGAUAAGGAUUUCUACGAUUUGGCUCAUUUGAAUCCAACAAGGAAGUUAAAUAAAGGUUCGAUAUUAACAAAAGCCAUCGAAUAUAUUCAAUACUUGGAAGAAAAAUGCUCUAAAUAUGAGGCAGAGGGAAAAGUUGGAAAAGUGAAACUAAAAAGGCUGGAACCUUCUCUAUCUUCUACGACAUAUAAUUCUCAGACUAUUUCUCCGGACUCCCCUAACAGCGGCAAUAUUAAUGACAAAACUUUUUCAACUGAAUCACACUUGUUAACUUCAAGAAGUUCAUCGGUUUCAAUGUUUCCUGAGAAAACAUUCCAAUCAAAUAAUCACCAUUUUAGUCCUAUAUUAGAAGGCACUAACGGACUUGACGGUACGAAUGACAACAAUAAUAAAUAA